UUCCUUCAUCUUUUAUUUUUGACAGAGAUCAUCUUGAAAUAAUCAUUCUCAUGACAACGCCUCUUCCCAAUUUCUAUUACUUUGCACCACUAAAUGGCAUUUGGUGUCCACCACCUACAAGUAUCUACACAUUUUUUUCAAUCUCGAGCCCAGUGAUUAUGUACAGUCAAGUUCAAAAUCAGAUGUGGAAAUUUUCGAUUCCUAAUCUAAAUACAUUUUAUUCAAAUAUUAUUCAACUGACUGAAGAUCAACCUAUGCAUCUUUUGGAACCAGAAAAGCCAAUGGAAAUCGAAGUUGAAAAUAGCAGUCACCUAGAUUUUAAGAGGGAGAAUUCAGAGUAUGACUUCAAAGUGGAAAAGGCUGACUACUCAGAUAUGCCUCAGCUCACUCGUAUGGACUGUUAGCUACUAAAAAUGUAUAACUCAACAUAACUUAUUUGCAAAUAAAGUUUUUUGUGCUUUUUCAAAUAAAAAUUAUCUAAACACUCA